UAAACCGAAAUGGUAUCCAUAGUGCAGUGGUGCGGCGUCGGUGACAAAUAUCUUUAAUAUACAGGGAAUUUGUAAUAACCAGGAAAAAAAUACCGGCGAUGUUCUCAUCCAUCCCCUUUGCUCGCGGCUUGGCCAUAAAAAAUCCACGCAUCAUGUCAAUUUUACGAACAUAACGAAGUACCGAAUACGUGCAUGUAGUUCGAUUGAACAUAACCGCCAUUGACCAAGAACGCGUAGGUGUGUGUUUGUUUGCCCUCGUAAUAUUUGAAUCGUCGGUUGAAAAACAUGUCAGCGCGUUGAGGAUUUUUAACGUUAAUCGAAAUUUUCAAUAACGAAAAUGGAAGACUUUAACGAAGGGGUCGACGGAAAGUUGGCUUACAGAAUGCGAAAAGUUAAUUCUGAACAAUUUCACACCCUCGUCAGGAUGCACCUGUCCUUUGAAUUGGACCUCAACACUGAAGAUAGCGAUUGUGUAGCGGAAAAAGUCAAGCUCAAAAAAUGGAGCCUGAUAAGUUUCUCAAAAAAGCCUAAGUCAACCAUCAAUCUACAGAAGGAAGUGAUAGAGGGUGCUCCUUUGUCACAUGAGGGUAUAACUCAAGUCAAACAGCUGAUUGAAUAUCUGUCAACUGAACAAAGCAUCGUACAAGAAGGGAUUUUUCGACGAACAGGAAAGCUCACCAGGCAACAAGACCUGAAGAAUGCACUAUAUCAGGGAAUCCGAUUAAACUUUGAAGAUGGCCAAUUUAGUGUUCAUGACUGUGCUUCCGUUUUAAAAAGUUUCUUAGCUGAAUUACCAGAGCCACUGUUAACAGACUUGCACUAUCCCGCUCACUGUCAAAUAGCUGAGCUAUGGUGUGGUGAUAUGAAAGCAAACGAAUGCAGACUCCUUAGAUCGUUACAGCUACUUUUGCUUUUAUUACCAUCUGAAAAUCGGAUUCUGCUUAGAUAUGUUCUAAGGUUGCUAAACAAGACUGCGAGCUUUGAACACAGCAACAAAAUGAAUUGUGAUAGCCUUGCAACAUUAUUCACCCCGCACUUGCUGUGUCCAAGGAAACUAUCACCCGAAGCUCUGCACAUAAAUUCACAGACUUUGUCAGGACUAGUUGCCUUCAUGAUUACAAAAGGCAUUGAAAUGUUUGACAUUCCUCCAAAACUAGCCACUGAUAUUAGAGCUUACUGGGUUGAACAGGAAAGGAAACUUCUGAGUCCUACAAAAAAUGAUCUAAAUGAAUCAAUAUCAGAUGCAACUGGUACAGCUCACACAGUGUUUAGUUUUGUCGAUCAUAAAUUAACAGCCAAAGCAAACUCCACACAAGACACACAGGCAGCAUUAGCGCAGUUGUACGCUCAUAUUCAGGCCAUGCCAGAAUCUGCGAAAAAACGCAGGUUGGUUAAACAAUUCAAUAAAGAAAACGGACAGGGGACACCUAGGCAGGUGAAGAAUUUGAGAACCAAAAGCCUAGGAGAUUCAAUAAAGAAGCAUAUUUUCCAAAAGAAAAUACUAGGCCAUAAAAAACCAGUAGACAUCAACAUUGGUUGUAGCAAUAUCACUAGAUCUAGUAGCGAGGAGAAUAUAUUGUCGUCGAGCUUGGAAAAAUCAUUGCUUCCGCCAAAAACGCUCUUCAGUAAAUCAGAUGAUGAACUGAGCCCGGAUAUCUACGAGCCAUUGGAAGCAGAUAAUCUACUGCAUGUAAAGCAUAUAAGCAGCAGCACAGGGAGCUUGAACACGUCUAAUCUGGGGCAUUGCAAGUCAAAGAAGAAAAUGCUGCUUGCGAAUUUUAUAAAUAUCAGCGCAGAGAAAAGCGUCAAAAAAUUUGAAAACGCUGCAAUAAAUAAAUCAUCAGAAAGGGUCAAGGAAAGUUUCAGUCAACGUGAAUCAGACAAGAAUAGCUGUCCAGUAAAAUUGCAAAGCAAAGCUUCCAACUUGCGAGAUAUUAAUACCUCAAAAAAUCUACGAUUUUCACGCCAAUUAAGUGAACCUGAGAGUUAUUCGACAGAGGCUGCCUCUAAUAUGAAUGAUAGCGAAUUCGUGAGGCAAAAUUCAGACCCGAUAUUUCCUGUAAGAAGAAGACCCAACAUAGAAGUGGUUUUUCCUCCCAGGAAAUCUAUGCCUGAUAUACAAUCUGAAAUUUCUCCACAAAAGACAGAAACUUCAGUCUCUGAAACAUCAAGCUAUGCAGCUUCAACAGUAUUGAGUAGAUUCUGCAACACAUAUACGGCACGUACAUCGACACCAGCUAAGAAUUUAUUACGAAAAAGUUUAGCUGCUGCUACUGCUGCUGCUACAGCUAAUGAAUGCACAUUGACGCCCAUUGCAUACCACGACAAAAGCAUGAGCCCAAUUACUCAAAGCACGACGAAGAUGAGUAAAGCUAUGCAGGAAACUAUGAUGACUCCACGUUCAAGAAAACCAGUGAUGAUGAUCUCUGGGUCAAACUUAUGCAAUCUUGCAACAUUAAAUAACGGAUGCACGCCAUGCAGUUCUGGUUCGAACAUUCAAAGAUCAAACUUGGAUCUUACACAGAAAAAAAGUUGUACAUCCAUUUUGGAAGAGUGUCAAAAGAUAGACAGUAUGAGUGGUGAGUUGGUACUAACUGACAAUCAAGGUAAUACCGAGACCAAAGAAAACUUCGGAAAUUUAAAUGAGGAUAGAAAUUUUGUGACCUCAAUAGAAGACGAAUAUUGUAACGAAAUAAUUGAGGCAAGUAGCGUUUCCAUAACAAGUACAUUUCGAGAAUAUCUAUUAUCACGAAGCGUACUAACUGCGAGUCCUGUUGACUUAAGUUUCACGUCUCGUACUGACGAUUUUGACCAAUCUGAGUCAGAUUUAAAUAUUCUUAACGAAGAUAGACUAUCCGAUAGUCUUCUGCAUUGCUUGGAUGGAAAUCAACCUAGUUCCGAUACAUCUGGCAUAGUUUCUGGUAGUACCAACAGUGUCAGUAACUCUCCAGAGAAAAUUGAUGAGGUUAUUAACCAAUCACCAAGAAAAAGGGGAACGAAUCUCCAGCGUGACGAUUCUAAAAAAUCUGUCACUGACAAAAAGGUUACAAAUGAAUUGAAGUUUCAAACUCUAUGGAACAAACAAUUGAGUGAAUCUACACUGAAACCACUAAAAGCGAAGGAAACAUUACAAGAGACUUCUUUUUAAAGUGGAAUUAUAGUAUAUACAUUGAAUUCUAAUGUUCAAACCUACUUUUUACGACACUUCAUUGUGUAGUAAAAAUUGCGUUGAACACUGUUAUAGUUUUACCUAAUGUGUUUUUUUCAUUUGUUUAAAUUAUUAAGCAGUUUUUAUUAUUAUUUACGUAAUUUUGAGCUGUCUAUAAACAAUUAAAUCGUAUUAGUUUGAUAUCGAAUACGAAUUCUGUGCGAAAUUUUUGUAUAAUGUAUAGCAAAUAGUUUGCUACGUGAUAUUUGUACUAGACUUCAAUCAUAUGCUAAGUUUUUAUCAUAUUAGUUGUAAAUGACGAUGAUGAAUGUUGUGGGUUUAAAUAUUUAAAAAUAUUCUUCAUUCUGAAUGAGCCAAGAACGAAAUUCGUGACAGUUCAUUAUAACUAUUUGUAUAAAAAAAAAGAGGUAGAAUAACAGAUUUUUCGAGAUUCAUUCGUACCGGCAGAUCUGUGUAUCAAUAAUAUAUUUUCAUAUUAUAGCGCACGCCUUAUGUAUAACAA